UUGUGUUUCUAAAUCCAACGGCAGUUAAAAUAACAACAAGAUGAGCUUGAAAGUUAAAAUCACAUUACGUUGCCUUCCCUCUUCCUACCUCCGUCUGAGUGAGGAUAAAUCCUCUCUAUUCUAUUAAUCUAUUACCAAUUCCAAAUCUAAGCAACCUAACCUUACCUCAACAAGUGUACGCAGCACGCCACCGGAACACGCACACGGAUUAUUAGCAUUUAGUGUACAAUUCAUUACUCAAACAGCGAUCCAAUCCAACAACAUCUAUCUCCUGCAAUCCGACUCAGCUCCCUUCCCUUGCUGCCCAAUUUCAGAAACCUUAAUCUAAUCCCCUCCCCGAAUUCGAAAAUGGCGUACGUCGACCAUGCCUUCUCCAUCACGGACGAGGACAUUAUGAUGGGGACUUCCUACACCGUUAACAAUCGCCCUCCUAUUAAGGAGAUCGCGCUCGCCGUCGCACUUCUCUUCUUCGGCACCCUCGGCAUCGUUCUCGGCAUUUUCAUGGCCUACAAUCGUAUCGGCGGUGACCGAGCUCACGGAUCAUUCUUUGCAAUACUUGGAGCGAUCUUGUUCAUUCCGGGCUUUUACUACACGCGGAUUGCGUACUAUGCUUACAAAGGUUACAAAGGCUUUUCGUUCUCCAACAUUCCUCCAGUUUAGCCCAUCUUCUCCGUAUUUCCAUUACCGACAUGUACAAAUUUUUCCCCUCUCUGAUUUGUUGUUUGCCUUUAAAAAAAAAAAAGAAAGAGUUUUUGUUCGUUUUUCUGGUUAUUAAUGCGUGUAAUUAUGUGCUAAUAGUUGUUCUGAAUAUAUUUGUCUAAGUAGUUGAACUUUGUAAUGAAUAUAAGUAUAUUACGAGCUUAUUUCCUCUUUUAUACAAGUAUAUUUACAUCAUUA